CAAUGGCAUGAUAUGAAACGAAGUUAACCCGACAGAGGAAAAAACAAACACAAAAUUUUGUUCACAUGUUCAAAGACGUGGUGAAGUCGUGUUGAACAAUGGCCUCGAAAAUACAAAAGCGCUUGCAGUUGUCAGCAGCGGUGAUUGCCUUCGUGCUUGCGAGAGAGGCCGUCUGCUUCAGCGUGGGAGCGCGCCAUAGCCCAUCAGACACACCCGACGUAAAGUCAGCGGAUGCAUUUCAAUCAGCCGAAAAGGAAACGCCAGAAAAUGCUCAUGAUGCAGGAACUACUUACAGUCCCUUCGUUGACGACUCUUGGACGACGGAGCCUGUAUCAGACGGCGGCGAAGGGCCACUUGAAGUUGACGUUAACAAGCAGACUACAGUUUAUUUAACCGAUGCAGAGGUAAACUAUCAGACUACAGGUUCUCCAGUCGGUGCUAACACAGACGCUAACUACCAGACAAUUUACCCAAUUGACAGUGAUACAGAAGUUAACUACCAAACUACAAGUCACUCACUUGGUGUUGAUGAUGGGCCUCCGACAGAAAGUUACGUGGGUAUUGGUGAUCCCACGAAAUAUAUAGAACCCGUUGAACCCACGGAUGUCAACAGAGCUUUAGAAAUUGACGAAGACCAGAUCAGGAACAUCAUUCGUGUUAAUCUAGAGAAGAAGGCGAACGGAGGAGAGAAUGGCGGGCACUUCAGCCAUCGUGUCUUGGAGCUUGACGAGGAGGAGAUUAGAAACAGUAUUCGAGAGAGAGUGCAAGAAGCCAAUGAUAUGGAUGAAAAUAUCCUUUCGUCUUUCACGAGUGGUAAGCGAAAAGAAGAGGGAGGAGGUGGACAGGUGACAGAUGCAAGUAUGACAGAAACGUAUGACCAUGGAGAGGUUGAUCAAAAGUUUUUCCUGAGUGAUGGAAACGCUGAUGUAUUGAUGGAAAGUGGAUGGAUUGAGGAAGAGUCAAACGGCGGGGAAGUAAUGGACGAAGAACUGGAAACGGAAGUAACAACGGAGCCAGACAUGGCAGGCGGGGGAGAAGUGGAUGACAACAACGCAGAGGGCUGGACAGCCACGCGAGGAAAGGGAGGCGGCGAGAAUGAAAAUAACAAGCUCGACACAGACGGAGAACCGUCACUGGAAGAAGGCUUUGACUCGUCCCUUGAAGAUGAAAAAGGCGAGAUCGACGACGUAAAGAGAGAAGAAAAGGCAGAAGAAACAAUAAAUACCCAGACGAUAGGCGAGAGAAUAAUGGCGUUGGAGGAGGAGGCGGACGAAAUCGAACAGUUCGACCCGGAGAAGGUGGAGGCGAACCUGAAGCGUCUUGAGGGGCAUUUCAGAGAGCUGAGAAAGAAAUCGAGUUUUGAGGGCAGGAGCGACGAAGGGCAAGCCGGCCUCUCCUCCCAGAGUCUGUGGGAGUACUUGCUCUCCUACGUAACGGCAGACGACCAGGAGAAACCCAGCAAGACCUUGAUCGUUGAGAAAAGACUCGCUCAUCCGUGCGACAUGCUUAAGAGUAAUUUUCACGCAUGGAAGAGGCAUGCCACCCGCGUGAACGUCGUCGUGGUGGGCGGGGGCGUAGCUGGUCUGGCCGCCCUCAGGACUCUCACAAGCAUGGGCGUCGAGGAUGUCCUCCUUCUCGAAGCGACGAAUCGGCUGGGCGGCCGCAUCCACACCGUCAGGCAUGACAAAUGGAUGAUGGAAGAGGGCAUCAGCGUGAUCCAGGGAGACAGAGACAACCCAGUGUUCGACGUGGCCAAGGAGCUCGGGCUGUUAGGGGAACCUGUAGCAGAACCUGAUUGGGAGAGCGACGUCGUGACGAGCGACGGGGACAAGAUGCCCUUGGCGAACGUCCUCAAGGGCGCCAGCAUCCUGCAGCAGCUCCGGCAGGACGAAAGAGAGGAGCACCGCUUCCGCAUGUACAGAGACCGGCCCCUCGGGGAGUUCUACCUGGACAGGUUUGAAGAGCUGUGGGGAUCCUCUGAUAACGAGAAGGACAAACAGGCGUGGAUGUAUUAUACUCACCAGGUGGUGUCCCAGGAGCACGGCGGCCACUGGAUGAACAUGUCCUCCCUCGACGCCAAGAACUUCGUGCCCCUCGGCUAUGAGUACACGUGGCGCGGCGGAAUGGACGGCUUCGUCAGGUACCUCAUGGGAGCGAUCGCUCAGCCCCAGAUCCGGCCGAACGCGCCCGUGUGCCAGGUGUUCUGGGACCAGCCUGACGGAGGCGGCGCCCUGGUGGUCACCGCCGACGGCUCCUCCUUCCUGGCCGACUACCUGGUGGUGGCGCUGCCGCUCGCCGUGCUCAAGGAGCGCCACCUCACGACCUUCAUCCCACCGCUGCCCAGGCAGCUCACGAGCGCCUUCUCGGCAUUCGAGGCCGGCACCGUGAACCGAGUGGCACUCAGCUGGCCUUCUCCUUGGUGGCUCGAGGGCGACCUUGAGAGGCAGAUAAUGUGGAGAGAAUAUUCCUUCCCGCCGGAGAUGGAAUGGAUGUCCAGUAUCGUGCAGGUGAAGAGCGCCCCUCACAACCGAGCUCAGUUGGAGAUGUUGGUAACAGGCGAGGCAUCCUUAACCAUGGAGGAAAUGCCAGUUGAGACGGUCAUUUCCCAUCUCAUGACUCUCAUUCGUGCUAUUAACCGGCCGUAUACCGUCCCUCUGCCUUCAUUUUUCCACCGAUCGCAGUGGAACAAGAACCCAUGGGCUCGGAGUUCGUACCAGUCCUACAUGACGAUGGACGGCGUGAAACGGAGGCUGAAGGACCGAAGUGUUUUAUGCCCGCGUCUCGCCAGCUCGAGCGGGAGGAAGUCCGUUUUCUUUGCCGGGGAACACACCUCUACGGAUCGCUUUGGCACGGUCGAUGGUUCGUUUCUCUCUGGAAUAAGGGCAGCCAAGUGGGUUAUGGACGAAGUCGUUGCUCAAAGAUUGAAACCUUAUGAGAGCGAGGAAGUAAAAUUUACCGUUCCCGACGCCCAAAAACAAAACAUUAACUUCUUCGACCUCUUCCUCAAUCCCAAAAAGUACUACCAAGUCGCCAGUGUUAAAUCCAAAAGCAAGGAAAGUGAGGAACUGAUGUCAAGGAGGAGGAAUCAACCAGACAGAAGAAAUCAAGAUGGCAGACCAACACUAUACUAUGGUCAGUCACGAGAUGAGGCUGAGGUAGUGCCGAGAGGCCAGUUUGGUGACGACAGGCAACAGGAAACGUACAUUAUCCAGACUGAAGAUGGUCGUCGAAUUCCUGUUGUCUUUUCUAGGAAGAAUGGCGGACAAAUGCCAUUGGUCUUAACUGACAACAAUGGCGAUCAAGUGCCAGUUGUCCUGUCUGGCAACAACGGCAAUCAAGUUGUCCUCUCUGGGAACAAUGGCGACCAAGUACCUAUUGUUCUAGAGAGAGAAGACGGUCAACAAGUUGCUUAUGUCAUUGCCGAAGACAAUGGGCAGCAAACUCCCUAUGUCAUUCCUACUGGUAACAGCGCACAAGUUCAAUAUGUCAUGUCUUCAACCAAUCGACCAGAUGGUCAGCAGAAAGUUUAUAUCAUGGCUGAUGACAAUAAUCAUCAUGUUCCUUUAGUUGUGUCUCCAGACAAUGAAAAGCAAGCCCCUUAUAUAGCAACCACUGGCGAUGGCCACCAGGUUUCAUAUGUUCUGUCUACUAAGAAUGGGCAGCAAGUUCCUUUUGUUUUAUCAAAUGGCAAUAAUCACGAAGGUCCACAUGACCAGUCGAGUCACAGACUUCCCUAUCCCUUAGCUGUAGAAAAUGGGCCGAAGGUUACUUUUGUUAUGGCUGCAAAAGAUAGUCGCACAGCUUCCCAUGACUCCUCAAGGGAGAAGUCUCAAUUAGAAAUCCUCAGAAAUGUCAAGAGUUCAGAAAUGACAACCAAAUUUACACCGGCACUUGCUCAGUCAGAGGAUGAAUCCAGUUCCCCUUUGAGUAAAGAAGAAUUUGCGAUCGUUUAUGUAGACAGCGAGGGGAAAAGGAUCUCGGAUAUCCCUAUGAAGUUGUCCUCCAUGGUGGAAGGUAUGGUGCGAGAAAGCAUGGAAACAAGUCUGAAGGAGAAUAAUCAAGAAAAUGCCACACCCCUUUCCACUGUGGAAGAGGAGGGAAGCCAAGAUGAAGAUAGAUUAUCUAUUCAAGAUUCGAGUUUUGAAGAUGUCUCUAUAUCUGGACGACUAAGAAACAGAAACAGGAAGAGGAACAGGAAUAAAGGAAUUAGAAACAGAAACAGAAAUAGGAAAAGAGACAAACCAAGCAGUCAAGAAGAUGAGAACACAUCACACAGUGAUAAAGGCGAAGCACAGACCCAGCAUACCCCCCCACAACACAUAACAUACAACUCACCUCUCCACUUCCCACUGCCACUACCAAGCCAUUAUUUUCCAUACGUAGGUUCUUCUACUCCCACCACAGAGUCAACCACAGCCGAACCUGCUAAAAUCACUUCAACCGUUCCUAAUGCCCAAGUGACCUACUAUGCAAACAACCGGAUGUCAGUCAUCAUGGAACCUGACUUAUCACAGGCACAUGACAUGUAUGACUUUCAAGGUAGUCAGUCAUAUCCACAGUAUGCAGUGAGUGUCAAUGCACCCAGCCUGGAGAUGCCUAGUUACCCCUCUUCCCAUUCACAACCACCUCUUAAACUCACCACCAAUUUCUAUCAUCGAUCCCCAGAAGCUCAAACACCCCCCACAGUCUGGCAAAGGCCAAAUGUGAACUCGCCUCCACAUUCACAAGGACACAUUUCAGGCCUAGACAUAUCAAGACAAGCUAGCCUACAUCUUGCAGAUCACCUUCCACAUGGUGAUUCUUCAUAUAAUGGAGCUGCGAAUAAUCCUAGGUGGACCCAGACUUACAAUCAACACCCCAGGUAUGAUAUGUUUUCUUCUACUACCGAACCAUAUUAUAAUGUGAUUUCAUCUACACGUCAAAGCCUACAUAUGCCACCCAUCCAUCAGCCAGAAAAUCCCACCCCUUUUGAUGUGACACAAACCUUAUCAACACAGAUAAAAAAUCUGCAGCAAAGUCAGUACUAUUCCCCAAGUACACAUCCAUUUACAGACCCCAAUUAUAACAGAGGUAGCACAGCUAACAAAGCUCCCAGUGGACCUUAUGGUGCAUACCCACACAGGACUCCAAACAAAGGUCCUGUUGGACCAUAUGAUACAUACCCAAGUACUUCUACAAACAGUGCUCCUUCUCACUCCUAUGCUUCAUACCCAGUUUCAAGCCAUCAUUCUCAGGACUACGAUUCUUUCCCACCAAAUCGACAGGCACUUCUGGAGUACUACAAUAUAAGGCCUGGACCAAAUGGACAGGUGCACAUGAACAUCAAUAUGCCACCUCUUCUUAAUAGGGAUCAGUCAUCAGUCUAUGCCAUCCUGGAUGAUGGUACAGAUCCAAAAACUUUAAUGACAGCAAACAGGCACAGGUCACAGAAUAACAACAAAAGCAGAAUGCAGGACAGAAUGGGCAGUUAUGAAUACGUAGAUUCUGCAGAAUUUCUUGGAUCCCCAUAUGAUGUAAAUCAAACAAUAAAUUUCGAAAGAGUUCUUUCUCCAAACAGUAAAAGUACCAGUGGUCAACAGCAGCAGCAGCAUACAAGUACUGCAUAUGAAACUGGUUCACGAAAAGAGUUUCAAGGAAAUUCUGAUGAGUUUGUAAACAUUAAGAUAAACUCUGAGGAGGUUCCAAUAAAUUCUGAAGAAUUUAAAUCAAAAGAAGUGAAGGCAAACUCUACAACAGUGAAAAACAACUCCAAAGAAAAAACUAAAUAUGAAGUUUCAAAAUUAAGCUCUGAGGAAAUAAAAAGAAAGUCUGAAGAAAUGGAAGCAAAAAUAAGUUCAGAAAUUAACAUAAAUUCUGGAGAAUUUGAAUCAAAGUUAAGUUCAAAUGCAAACUCUGAGGAACUAACAGUAAAUUCUGAGGAUUCAGAAAUGGACCCUGGACAGCACUACUCAGUACAAGUACGUGAUGGAAGUAGUGGUGAAGAUAGCAGCAACAAAGAAGAAACCGAGAAAUAUUAUUCCAAUAAUGGGAUGCCAGUACACCCUGGCUUCCUGUCUGCAAUAUCUGCUAUGCAAUAUACCCCAGUCAUAUUACAACCCAUGUCAUUUUUCAAUCCAAUGAUGCAAAGCAUGAAUCCUUUCCCUCCUACGAGAACAGAUCUGUCUUCACCUCAUUUCCAAAGCCAAUCCGCACAAAAAAGGCCCCAAAGGCCUCAGAGCAGUGAAAAAGAAGAAGUCCGUUCCUUUAGUUUGCAUAAAUUAUUAGUGCAGCCUGAGAAAAAGUUGCAAGAUUCUAUAGACUCCCAGGAUCAACUUGAAACCAUUAAUACCUCUCUUGAUGAAGAGCAGGCAAGUGCUGAUAUACAGUCCAUGGAGGAAUUUCUCUAUGAAAUAUCACUUGAAAUUUCUUCAGGAAUGAAGAACAAUACGGGAAGUGGUGAACAAAAAAGAGCAAGGAAGAAUAAAAGGAAGAGAAACAGAGGUGAAAGUGAUAGAGACCUUAGCAUUGAAAUACUGACUGAAGCUUUGCAAAGUCCAAAAACAGAGCAGAUUAUGAAAUCUGAUGUUUUUACCAUCCAGAGAUCAGAAAAUCAGGAGCGGAUUGCAUCCACUCCUGAAAAUCAUGAAGUAAGUACUGUCCAAACAACAGCUGCUCCAGACCUUCAUGACCAUACCUCAGAUUAUGAAAAUUAUGAAUUAUAUACAACAGAAAUGUCCAUUUUCAAUACAUGGAUGCCAGAGAGUGAUAGUUCAGUCCAAGAUAAUGAAGAAACAUCUGAGUCAUGGUUCUCAUGGUAUAUGAAUUAUUAAAGACUAGCAACUGUGAAGCUAUAAAUUAUUUCCAUUAAUCAACUGAUCACUUGUCAUUAAGAAUUGCACACAGUAAUUCAUAGUAAAUUGGGAAAGGAACCUGGCUUUUCUGGUGGUCUCUUAGGGUAUAGAAAUGGAAAUCAAGGCAGCAUAUAGUCAGAUAACUGAGCUCCAAUUUCUAACUUGCUUUCAUUAUAUUGCGAGUAUGUAGCUGUGACACACUGUUUUAAUAUUGCACCUGAUAUGUUAAUUAGAGAAAUAGGUACCAAGUGCCAUCAAGCUUAAUGAGAAAGUUUAAUUUGAUAAUAGUGAGAGCUACUUGGUUGUAUGAAAUGAAGCACCAAGAUUAUUUCACCAGCUUUAAGCUUAACAUCAAUAUUUCUUAAAGCUUGUACAGAUUUAUAUGUAAUUUUGAUACCUUUCAAAUUCUUUUUUAUGUUACAAGAAACUAAAAAAACAUCAAUUUUACUGUUGAUACUUUUGCAUAGCAUUGUAUAUUGUACAUAUUAUUUAUUUCUAAUUUAUUAUUGUAGGCUGUUUAUAAUAAGCACUUAGAAGUUACCAAGACAAACAAGAAAUAUAUGAUCAGUGAUUAAUGCUUAUAAAAAAUAAAUGUGCUAGACAUUAUAGCACUAUGGUAAAGUAUUGAGGUGAAAAGGGUAAAAAUUAGUUAUCAGUUAGGAUAAGGGGACAGAAGAAGGGGAUGAAGAAGAGAAGGAAAAGGAAAGGGGGAGAAGAAAACACCAUAUAAAGUUAGUUGAGGUGAGGGCUGAGGCCCAAGGUAGGGGUUGAUCCCCUACUUUGGGCCGGUCUCCAACUCCUAAGCCCCCACGACCACAAUGAGUGAGGGGUUGGGGGGGUAGAUAUAUAAAAAUGUGCUAAAUACCAGUAUUUUACAGAGAAUAUAUGGAUCUUGUUAAGGCAAAUGAUCCAAUGUGUUAAUUUAUGUAAUGUGAACUUCAACCCAUUCAAACUGGGAGUGUAUGUAUACAUGCACUGUCCCUUAUGGUUUCUGCUUAUUCAUUUGUAAACAUGUGAAUGGUUCCAGAAACAUUUUGUCACCUGAGUCAAUUACUGGGCCACCUUGAUCUCACCAAUUAUUCUAUUCCUUGAAUUUUCAGAAGGGAAUGUUUGUUUGUUAUUACUGUUAAUAAUGAUAGUAAUAGAAUAGUAAUGAUAAUAAUAGUAAUAGAAUAAAAAAAUUAACUUUUCAGAAUUAAUUCAAGGAAUGGAUUAAAUUGGAGAGAUCAUGUUGGCCUAGUAACUGACUCCUUGGUGAAAACACUUUAGAAGCCAUGUAUAUGUGAACAAAAUUUAUAAAGCAAGACCACAGUGAACAAAUCAUGUACCCAUUGCUAAUGGUUUAAUGAUGGCAUCCACAAGUUGCACCAGUAUGUGGCAUUUUGAAUUGUAUUCAUUUCACAUCAUCUUCGUUUUCAUCAUUGCAAGCAGUUAAGUUGUGCAUUAUAAUUAGAGAUGUGCUGGGGGGAACAGUUUUAUGGGCAGCAUGAGCCAUUGCUUUUAGUAAUGGUGCUGGCUUAGACAGAAAAUUGUUCACUAUAUUGUAAGACUUGUGUCUUUUCUGAUGUUUCUGCUUAAAAUUACAUGUAAGCAGGGAUUAUUAACUUUUCCUUAACACAAUUCUUACCUUAUUUCCAUAUUCUUAAAUGUUAAUUUCACUUUAGGAAAAAUUGUCUCCUCCUUGCUUAAUUCUAACAUUAAGAUAAAACAGAAAUAAAUGUAGCAGUAAGUAUUGGAGUAACAGGAUAAGUAUCAGCACUUCUCUAAUUGUAAUUAGUUGAUAAGUCACUGCUUUAUCAUGAUCAUCCUUUUCCCACUGGCUCAUCCUGUUUUCAAUUUUUGCAUUACUUUAUGUAUAUCAAACUUUUUGUCUUAACAUUUCUAUGAAAGGGUAACACUUCAUAUUCAAGCUUCUAGUUUGUUUUUAGUGUUUCAUAAAACUUUUCUGUGCAUAAAAUUCAUUCAGCAUUUUCAUGUGCAUUUCUAAAUGUGUAUGUUAGGGUGAUAAAAUCCAAAAUCUUGGCAUUAUGAAUCCCAGAAUUGUGUAUAAAUAUUAUAUACCCUCAAAGUUAUUUUUUUUUAUUAUGUACCCUGAUCUGACUGUAAUUUGCAGGCUUGACCCAUGAGAGCAUUGAUUACUAAGUAGGAUACUCUUUAGUGACUGGAGAAAGAGACAAAAAGUAGAAGAGAAACAAGAAAAAGUACUGAAUAGUUGAGUCAUUGAGGGAGGUGAAAAAUUGGAAGAUAAAGGGACAAGCAAUUUAGAAAUUGGAAAAAAGCUCACUUCUUCAAAAAUAAACAACAUUUGAAGGCUUACAGUUCACAUGGAAUAUGCAAAGUAUAUUUUGAACAAGGAACAGGAAGCAAUCAUGGUUUUCUUUCCUUAAAUACUACACCUUAUGUUUGUGAUCAGUGUCCAAAAGA